CUACCUGGAUAUUUCACAUACGGGAAAUAUUAAAUAAUUUGUCUUCUACCGACCCAUUUCCCAUAAAAAAAAAUAUUUUCUAAGUACUCGAAUUUUGUAUAAUCGUUCGUAACGGAAAGAUUAUCUUCAAGAAUAAUGGAUGUAAAUUUUAUACGUUAUUUAUUUAUAUUUAAUUCUUGCUUUUUGGCCAUUGUUGGAUUUAUUAUUAUUAUUGCUGAACCUUACUUACCUGUUUUAAUUACACGUACAUUUCACUAUGGUAAACAUGAAAUUAAAAUUCAUCAAUCAAUAGUUGCAAAAGCCGAGCUACCAAAAAGGUGGUUUAAACAUUUCUAUCUCUUUGCAACACCAGUUUUUACUUGUUCUCUUAUCCUAUUUUUCUAUACAUAUUUUAUGAACGGUACAAUUCCUGAAAUAAUAUAUUGGUUAUUAGAUAUAUCACUUGGCAAAUCUAGAAAAGCAUUAAUAUCACCAGAAUGUGGAUUUUUAACCAUAACACUUCUUACUAUUCAUUGUUGGAAAAGAUUAUACGAAACACAUUAUGUUACUGUUUUCUCUGAUAAAAAAAUUAAUAUCUCUCAUUACAUAGCUGGAUAUACACAUUACAUAGGAACAAUAUUAAGCAUUAUGGGUGAAUCACAUGGUUUCGUUCGAAAUUUCAAAGAACUAAUUUAUUGGCAUAAAUUAACGCUCUUACAAAUAGUUUGUGCUAUCAUAUUUUUAUUAUCUUCGUUGGUGCAAUUACAAACUAAUUCUAUUUUAGCCGGUUUAAGAAAAUCUAACAAUAAAGUUGUCUUUAAUGGUUAUAAAAUAGCACAUGAUGGUUUAUUUAAAUAUUUGUCUGCACCGUUGGAAUUUACAGAAAUAUUAAUUUAUUUAAUGUUAUCUGUUAUUCUUUGGCAAAGUAAUACAUUUCAUUACAUUACACUUUGGGUUGUAAUAAAUCAAAUAAAUUGUGCUGUAAUGACUCACAAAUGGUAUAAAAAAACUUUCCAAAAUUAUCCAAAGGAACGUAAAAUUUUGAUUCCAUAUUUAUUCAUCAAUAAUUUUAUUAAACCGCAUCUUAUCAUGUCUGCCGAGCAUCACAGUGGAAAAGGUUAUACACCUCUUCCUCAGUGUAUGAGCAAUACUGACACCGAAGAUGAAGAUGAACAUGUAACACAAAGAAAUGAUUUAACAAACAAACAAACUAACGAUGAGAGAGAAACAACGGAGCCUACCACAGUUCACGAACAUGAAGCGUACUAUCCACUGGAUGAAACUAGAAAUUUAGCAAAUCGAACUAGGAAUGGGCAAAACAUAAUUAAAUGUUACAGAGAUGAUAUACCUAAAAUGAUAAUAGAAGGCAAUACGCAAAAUGAUCUAUGGAAACGCAGAGAUAUGUCUCCUCUUCGACGUUUCUGCUUAGUUAUAUCUAUACUAUUAUGCAUAGUAACAAUACUUGUGUUUUUGUAUGUUUUACCAUGUGACACUAUGAUAUGUCCACCAAUUAAUGAAUCACAAUCAUCUGUUUCAUGGGAGAAAACUUUAUGGAAUGUAGAAGUACCUGGGCCAAUAACUAUAAUACCUGGAUCUCAAUAUAAUCUCUUCUUUCGUAUAGCAAAGUACGUUUCGUUAAAAGCACUUCUCAAUGGUUCAAGUUUAUCGCAAAGAAAAAGGGAAAUAACAGCAUCGCCACGUAUAUUUAAAACGAUGAUGUUAGAUGAACAAAAUAAUUAUUGGAAGCCUACACGUUAUCAUCGUUUGAUAGUUGAAAAUGAAGGCAUAUGUUCUUGGGAAUCUUGUAAAGCUACUUUGAAUUUAACUCUUCAAAAACAACCAAAUCAAACAUUGAAAAUUUGGGAAUAUGUCAGCCCUAAUUCGUUUGCCUCAAAACCAGUCUUUUUAAUAACAUCACAAGAACCAUAUAGCACUGGAUUUGUAAUAAAAUUCUGGCAAUGGCUCGAUACAAAUCCUUCGGUAACAGAUACGAUACCUAAAAUCAUUGAACGAAAACUAAUCGAAAGAAUAUUAAUCGUUUUCGUUAAUUAUACCGAUGUACAAGUUAUUAACGCUAGUCAAACUGAUGUUACUCAAUUAUGUAAUGAUACUAACUGUCAACCAAAUUUAGAUUUACGAGUGAAAUUUAAUUCCAUUGCAGCAGCAAAUAUUAAUCAAGAGGGAUAUCCAAAAUUGUUCGUAACGGAAAGAUUAUCUUCAAGAAUAAUGGAUGUAAAUUUUAUACGUUAUUUAUUUAUAUUUAAUUCUUGCUUUUUGGCCAUUGUUGGAUUUAUUAUUAUUAUUGCUGAACCUUACUUACCUGUUUUAAUUACACGUACAUUUCACUAUGGUAAACAUGCAAUUAAAACUCAUCAACCAAUAGUUGCAAAAGCCGAACUACCAAAAAGAUGGUUUAAACAUUUCUAUCUCUUUGCAACACCAGUUUCUGCUUGUUUUCUUAUGCUAUUUAUCUAUACAUAUUUUAUGAACGGUACAAUUCCUGAAAUAAUAUAUUGGUUAUUAGAUAUAUCACUUGGCAAAUCUAGAAAAGCAUUAAUAUCACCAGAAUGUGGAUUUUUAGCCAUAACACUUUUUACUUUUCAUUGUUGCAAAAGAUUAUACGAAACAUAUUAUGUUACUGUUUUCUCUGAUAAAAAAAUUAAUAUCUCUUUUUACAUAAUUGGUUAUGUACAUUACACAGGAACAAUAUUAAGCAUUAUGGGUGAAUCACAUGGUUUCGUUCGAAAUUUCAAAGAACUAAUUUAUUGGCAUAAAUUAACGCUCUUACAAAUAGUUUGUGCUAUCAUAUUUUUAUUAUCUUCGUUGGUGCAAUUACAAACUAAUUCUAUUUUAGCCGGUUUAAGAAAAUCUAACAAUAAAGUUGUCUUUAAUGGUUAUAAAAUAGCACAUGAUGGUUUAUUUAAAUAUUUGUCUGCACCGUUGGAAUUUACAGAAAUAUUAAUUUAUUUAAUGUUAUCUGUUAUUCUUUGGCAAAGUAAUACAUUUCAUUACAUUACACUUUGGGUUGUAAUAAAUCAAAUAAAUUGUGCUGUAAUGACUCACAAAUGGUAUAAAAAAACUUUCCAAAAUUAUCCAAAGGAACGUAAAAUUUUGAUUCCAUAUUUAUUCUAGA